AUGCACAUCUAUGCAUAUUCUGGUUUUUGGAGAUCGUCCAAAACAAAAGGGUGGAAGUUUCUUGUUGAUGAAGAAACAGGAGGUAGAUUACUUAUUUUGGACACAAGCAAAACCUUUGACAACCUAAAAGAUAUGGUUUGUGAGGACUUUGGAACCGAUCUAAACUUGGUCAAUAUCGAGCUGAGUUACUUACCUUCCGAUUUGGUCAGAUUUAACUUGAAUGGAGAGCCUGCUGAGUUGCCUAACAGAGAGGAAAUGGGUAUGUCGGGUGAAGUUUCAGAUGAUACUGAUGGUGAAGCCGAGCUUGAAGAAGAAGAUGCGAAGAUAUAUGAAAGUGAUGAUGAAAACAAGUGUGAGAAAGAUAUGAUCAACGGAAAGUAUGUCCGUUUUUCUCUGGUUGAUGUUUUGAAGAAGGGUCAACAUUUUACUAGCAAAGCAGCUCUGCAGGCAACAAUGGAAAUAUGCGCAAUGAAACAUAAUUUCGACUACAAGGUUGGCAAAACGGAUAGAAGAGUUUGGUACGUUCGUUGCGCGGAUGAUGAUUGCCGUUGGCGUGUUCGCGCAGAGGGAUUAACAGGUUCUUCAUAUUUUAUCAUCAAAAAGUAUGUACCUGAUCAUUCAUAUUCUCCAUCAUCAAGGAACCACUCUGUUCGGACCGCUUCAUCAAAAAUAGUUGGUAGUCUCAUUAAGCAUAAGUACGAAACUGUCAAUGAAGGGCCGAAACCUAAUGAUAUCAUCCAGUUUAUGCGUAAUGAUCAUGGAGUUGAGAUAUCCUACUCUUUAGCUUGGGAGGCACGUGAAUAUGCAGUAAAUGUUGUGAGAAGCAUUCCAGAGAAGGGUUAUGAAAAAGUUCCCAAAUACUUGCACAUGAUGAAGGAAGCUAAUCCAGGAUCACACACAUUUUACGAAACUGAUAGCAAUGGGAGAUUCAGAUUCCUCUUCAUCUCAUAUGGUCAGUCUAUUCGCGGUUUUUAUGCUGCCAUUCGGAAAGUUAUUGUUGUGGAUGGGACUUUCUUGAAAAGCAAAUACAAAGGAGUGUUACUGCUUGCUACUGCUUUGGAUGGAAACUCGAACCUAUAUCCUAUUGCAUUUGGAGGUUUAGCUUUUGUGUCUGACCGGAAUACUUCACUUGCUAAAGCUAUUGCAAAAGUGUAUCCGCAUGCUCAUCACGGAAUUUGCAUUCACCACUUGCUGAACAAUGUUGUUACAUAUUUCAAGGGUAAAGGAGUCGCUGGUUUGGUUGCAAAGGCUUCUAAAGCUUACCGAGUUGCUGAUUUUAAGAAGCAAUUCACUGCUAUUUUCUCAAUUAGUCCUGCAAUUGGAACCUAUCUAAUACAAGCUGAUGUGAGAAGGUGGGCUCGUUGUCAAUUUCCGGGUUACAGGUACGAUGUUAGGACCAAUAACCCUGCUGAAUCAAUAAAUUCUGCUUUGCGUUCGCCAAGAGAGUUUCCAGUUAUACCUUUGUUGGACAGCAUAAGGGAAAUGAUGACUCGAUGGUUUUUCAAACGUAGAACUUUAAGUUAUAAGCAUAAACAUCCACUGACUGUUGCUGUAGAGAAGAAGAUUGAUCGAAGGAUUGAGAAGGGUAAGAAGUUUCAGGUUUUCCCAGUUAGCGAUGACAGGUUUUUGGUUCGAGGUGACACUUUUGAAUGUAUGGUCGACUUGGUCAGACGCACAUGUUCAUGUGAGAAAUUCGAUCUGAUGAAAAUCCCAUGCAGACACGCCAUAAAAGCAGAUUUCAGCGUAGGCAUACAAGCACACACACUCACUGACGACAUGUACACCACUGCUUCAUGGAGAUCGAUUUAUGAGGAAAGCAUAAAUCCUAUUGGUGUCCCGGAAGAUGCAUGGAUUGUCCCAUCUCACGUUCAGCAAGAGAAAGUCUUUCCUCCAGAAACUAGAAGAGCUGCAGGUCGGAGAAAGAAACGUAGGUAA